GUCCAGUCCAUUAAUAAACAAAACGGGCCACCGUCAUUCUCUUUACGCUAACCAGCUCCCUCCUUCUCCACAAGCACCAGACGCUGAGAAGAAUUAAGAGAUCUGAUCAAAACCAAAUCCGAGUCAACUCAGCGAGGGAGCCACCCGGUAAUUUUGACGGCAUGGAUCCGGCGAAGACUUCACUUGGUAAAAUGCUAUUGGAGGAGAUCACUCCGGUGGUCAUGGUCCUCCGUACACCGCUGGUAGAAGAAUCUUGCCUCAAAAACAGCCUCUCCUUCAUCGAAAUGCUUAACCCCUUUUGCGACUUCAAUAACAUCGACGUGCCUGUACGGACUUCGAGUGAUCAGCCAUACAGGCUACAGAAGUUCAAAUUGAGAUUAUUUUAUGAGUCUGAUAUUAAGCAGCCGGAUAUCGUGGUAGCGAAGGAGCGACUAAAGCAGGUUAUUACUGAGGCAGGAGAGAAGGAUAGAUCGGAUUUGUCCACUGAUCCUCUAGAUAUUAGCAAUGUACUUGCAAGCUCCAAAUCUGAAAUUUCACCAUCUUGGUUUGAGAUUUUCAAUAAAGAGCUUGUACGUACUGUCUCUUUUUCCGAGCACGAGGCUUUUGACCACCCUGUGGCAUGUGUUUCGGUUGUUUCUUCAAAGGAUGAACAGCCUAUCAACAAAUUUGUGGACCUUUUCAACACUAACAAGUUGCCUUCCCUUCUCAAUGACGGUGCAAUGGACCCAAAGAUUUUGAAACAUUAUGUAUUGGUGCAUGAUAAUAAAGAUGGUCCCUCUGAGAAGGCAACUAAAAUACUAACAGAGAUGAAAAAUACGUUUGGCUUUAAUGGCUGUCAUUUACUUUGCAUUAAUUCUUCUCAAGAUGAGCAGAUAGAACAUCAAGAUAAUCCUUGGGCUCCUUAUAAAUUUGAUUCUUCACCUAGUCAGGAUCUUGGUCGUUAUCUUAACAUUGAUGAUUUUAAUGAGAUAAAGGAUUUAAUACAAGAAUUAUCAUCUAAACAUAUCAUUCCUUACAUGGAGCAGAAAGUUCGUGUGCUCAAUCAGCAGAUUUCUGCUACAAGGAAAGGCUUUAGAAACCAAAUUAAAAACUUAUGGUGGAGAAAAGGGAAAGAAGACACACCAGAUUCCUCCAAUGGACCUAUGUAUACCUAUAGCUCUGUUGAGUCUCAGAUCAGAGUUUUGGGUGACUAUGCAUUCAUGUUAGGAGAUUAUGAACUGGCAUUAUCAAACUAUCGCCUUAUUUCCACAGAUUAUAAGAUUGAUAAAGCUUGGAAGCGCUAUGCCGGUGUGCAGGAAAUGAUGGGGCUUACAUACUUUAUGUUGGAUCAAUCAAGAAAAGAAGCAGAUAAUUGCAUGGAAAAUGCUUUUAACACUUAUUUAAAACUUGGGUCUUCUGGUCGACAAAAUGCUACACGCUGUGGUCUUUGGUGGAUAGAAAUGUUGAAGAUGAAAGAUCAAUUUAAAGAGGCUGCCACUGUUUACUUCCGCAUUUGCAGUGAGGAACUGUUACAUUCAGCUGUCAUGCUUGAGCAAGCAUCUUAUUGCUACUUGUUGUCCCAACCACCUAUGUUGCACAAGUAUGGGUUUCAUCUUGUUCUUUCUGGUGAUCGGUAUAAAAAAUGUGACCAGAUUAAACAUGCAAUUCGUACAUAUAGAAACGCUGUCUCAGUAUAUAAAGGAACCCCAUGGAGCUACAUCAAAGAUCAUGUUCAUUUCCAUAUCGGCCAGUGUUAUGGUUUUCUUGGGAUGUAUGAUGUUGCUUUCACACAUAUGUUGGAAGUCCUGGCCUGUAGCCAUCAGUCCAAGGCAACACAGGAGUUAUUCCUCAGAGAAUUUCUUCAAAUUGUUCAGAAAGCAGGGAAAACAUUUGAGGUAUUAAGACUUCAGUUGCCUGUUAUCAACAUCUCAUCGCUUAAGGUCGAUUUUGAAGACCAUCGAACCUAUGCAUUGCCUGGAUCAACUAGUGUUAAAGAAAGUGUCUGGCGUUCAUUGGAGGAAGACGUGAUCCCGUCAUUGCCUACUGUCAGGACUAAUUGGCUGGAACUACAAUCAAAGCUUUUACCGAAAUAUAAAGAAUCAAACAUCUGUGUGGCUGGAGAAGCAAUAAAGAUUGCUAUUGAAUUUAAGAACCCCCUGGAAAUCCCUAUUUCAAUCUCUAGUGUUUCUUUGAUAUGUGAGCUUUCUGCAACCUCAGAUGAAACGAAUUCUGAUGCAAGUUGCUCAACUGCUGGAAUCUGGAAUAAUGAAGAACAUGAAAACUUGAGAGAGAUAAUAUCAGACACUUCCUCAUUUUCCUUGUCCGAGGUCAACAUCUCACUGGGAGGGGGUGAAGCCAAUUUGGUGCAACUAACAGUUACUCCCAAAGUAGAAGGCAUUCUAAAAAUUGUUGGUGUCAGAUGGAAAUUGUCAGGUUCUGUGGUUGGUUUUUAUAGUUUUGGGUCUAAUUAUGUGAAAAAGAAAAUUGCAAAGGGAAGAAGGAAAGCUAAGCAAUCACCCGGCAAUUACUUGAAGUUUAUAGUGAUCCAGAGUCUACCUAAGCUUGAGGGCUUCAUUCAUGCACUACCUGAGAAGGCAUAUGCAGGACAUUUACAGCAUCUUGUUUUAGAGUUGAGGAAUCGAUCUGAAGUUUCUGUAAAGAAUUUGAAAAUGAAGACCAGCCAUCCUAGAUUCCUAAAUAUUGGGAAACAAGAAGAUUUGAAUUUAGAAUUUCCUGCUUGCUUAGAGAAGAAAACAAAUGUUAGCCUACCUGCUAAUCCAAAAAUAGCAUCUCAUGGUGUUUUUCUAUUUCCGGAGGAUCUCUCAGUGCAAGGGGAAAAUCCACUAUUGUGGCCUCUUUGGUUUCGGGCUGCUGUUCCUGGAAACAUCUCCUUGCAAGUAGUAAUAUACUAUGAGAUGGGAGAUCUAUCAAGUGCCAUGAGAUACCGAAUUCUACGCAUGCAUUAUAAUUUGCAGGUACUACCAUCGUUGGAUGUGUCAUUUAAAAUCAGUCCCUAUCCAUCAAGAUUGCAAGAGUUCCUUGUGCACAUGGAAGUUGUCAACAAAACUAACUCAGAGAGCAUCCAGGUUAAUCAGCUAUCAACCAUUGGAAGCCACUGGGAAAUUUCUCUGCUUCAACCCAUGGAUACAAUCUUCCCUUCACAAUCUCUAAUUGCUGGCCAAGCAUUUUCAUGUUUCUUUGUGCUCAAGAGUUGUAGGAAAUCAUUAAGUACUGAAGAAAGUACCUCACUUUUCCCUCACAUUGGAAGCAAUGUAAGUUUGGUUCCUGAUGGUAGCAAAGGAGUUCCUUUUGAUACAUCCAAAUCACCUUUGGCUGGUUUCCAUGAUUAUGAAAGGUUGCAGCAUGGAAUUUCUAAUCAGGAAGCUGAAAAUGCAGUGGACUUUAUUUUGAUCUCUCGGCCACUAAAGAGCAAUUCUCAGCCUGGAGUUGCAGACGCACAUCAUGUCUUUUCUCAUCAUGCAUGUCAUUGCAGCACUGCGAGCACAAGUCCAAUAACAUGGGUAGUUGAUGGACCUCGAACCAGAUAUCACGACUUUUCUUCUUCAUUUUGCGAAAUAAAUUUUAGGAUGACUAUCUACAACUCAUCGAAUGCUCUUGCGUCUAUAAUCUUAAAGACCCUUGAUUCCACCAGCAUUAGUGAUCAGCUGAGUGAUGAAGCUUCUGGAAACCAAGUUGGGUGGCAUGAUGUGUCUCUAGCAAAGGACAGUAAAAUCGAAUCUGAUGCACUCAGAAACCAUGUUAGAAAGUCACUAUUACCAGAAAGUGUCUCUCCAUUCAUCUGGUCUGGGUCAAGCUCAACUGGAGUCCAAAUCAAGCCGCUAUCCACAACUGAAAUUCCUCUUCAAAUAUGCGUGUUCUCCCCUGGUACAUAUGAUUUGUCAAACUAUGUUUUGAAUUGGAAUCUUGAACCAGUUAAUGAUCAUGAAAAUGUAGGAGAGAGAAUACAAUCUUCUGGGACAAGCCUGGGAUAUCCUUACUACCUUACCGUUCUCCCAUCAGAUUGAUUCUGGUUAUUGUGCCUAGCUUUGUUGUUUUUAGGUGUUGCAGAGGGUGGUCCCUAUUGUAGUUAUUUUUGCAACUUCGGCAUGUAUAUUAUUCCAUCGAUGUAUUUGUUAUUAAUUUUUUUUUUCACAAAAUAGAAAUAGAAAAAAGGAAUUAGUCAUGUACUAAACAUGCGACAUUGUUUUGACCAUUGAAAAUAACAGAGGGAAUGAAAAUGAGAAUCGAUUGGACUGUCCACUUUUCA